AUGUCCGAUCCUAAAUACGCCGGGUCGAAGUUGCUUUCGAGGGGUCCUCUGGACCCCAAGGAAGCCAAAUGGACUCGAUUGGUCAUGUCAUCGUAUACGGACCCCAAUGGUGUUGAGAGGACGUGGGAGUCUGCGGAGCGUCAGACACGCCCCGCAAACUGCGAGAUUGACGGCGUUGGAAUCGUGACAAUCCUCAACAAAGAAACCGGGCCAGAGCUUCUCCUGCAGAAGCAGUACCGCCCGCCUAUCGAUAAGGUAGUCAUUGAGGUGCCUGCUGGGCUGAUUGAUCCCAACGAGACGGUGGAGGAGUGCGCUGUGCGUGAGCUCAAGGAGGAGACGGGUUACGUUGGCGUGGCGGAGCAGACUAGUAGUGUUAUGUAUAAUGACCCUGGGUUCUGCAAUACCAACCUCAAUAUGGUGCAUGUCCGGGUGGAUAUGUCGUUGCCAGAGAACCAGAACCCGAAGGCCCAGCUUGAAGACAAUGAGUUCAUCGAGUGCUUCACUGUGCCUCUGUCUUCGUUAUUCGAGGAAAUGAAGAAGCUCGAGCGGGAGGGAUACGCUAUUGAUGCUCGGGUGGGUACAAUAGCUGAGGGAAUCGAACUUGCGAAGAGAUUCAAGCUUUAA